AUGGGGAAGAGGCAUGUCCCUGAUGGGGGUCUGAUGGGCAGCUCAUCCUCACAAAUUCUGAGUGGAGCUGACAUCAAGAGCUUCUGCUGUCAGUGGGCAGGUUCCCCCUCCAGACUCAUCAUGCCCCUCUCUGGCGAAGAACCCAUCUGCCCCAAGUUCCAGCCAAACAUCUUCGACCCCUCCCGCUGCCACGACUGCCUUCGCCAGAGGCACCUGCACGCUGGCACAGGGGAGAGCACCGAGGUAGAACCACAGCAGAAAUCCACAGCGGAGACAGGAGGGACUGGGGCUAAAACUGACAUUUGCGGUGGGACUGAAAAUGGGAUUGGGUCGAUCAAAGGCACGCUGUUGACACCCAUCCAGUCCCAGGCCGAGGAAAGAGACACCAGCACUAAGGAGGAUUCUGAUGGACAGUCGGUAGUGAGCAGCUACUGUGAAUUCAAUGGAGGCCGUCUGGGUUACCAGGCUGGCUCUUUUUGCAUCCUAAGCCCCGACUGUGAGCUGUACAUCUGUGACGGCGACGGCGACGACGACGACGACAGCACUGACAGCUGUCGUGACCAGAGCGACUACCAAGAGUUCAGUGGGUCUGUCAGUGCUGAGGACGAAUACCUGCCAAUCCAUCGUCAUUCGACCAAAUUCAGCAUGACCCGUCUUGACCCUCCACCCCACCGGCCGAACCCUCGUGUUUGGAUCGAUGAAGCUCGGAGCAAAGACCGCUUUGGCAGGAACUCAGGGUUAAAAGAAGACAAAGAGAGGCGAGAAAGUGGCUACUUCUCCUUGGGGAAGGCAGCAGGUGCCCGUUCUCUCCGUGACAGCAGCCCGCCUGCUCCUUUCCGCCAUUUUGAGAGAGGGCAUCCCAUCUUCAGCUUCAGAAACAUUGAGCCCAAAGACACAGUCCCAUUUAGAAACCCUAAUCUUGGUGUGGCCUCUGAAAGGCUAAUACCAGAGGGUCUAGACGAGGAGCCACCUGUGGAAAUUCCUCCUCCUGACCCCUAUGAGAUUGCUGUUGAGGUUGAGGCGCAAGUUGGUCCCCGCUCACCAAGUCCUACUCCUUUUAAGAUAGCUGAGACCCUAGCCUCGACUAGCCGAAAAGGUUUCAACAGUUCAUAUGGGCGGAGAAGUCCCUCUCCUUCGUAUCAACAGUCAGGGCGUUUUGAUUCAUCCAGACAAGGCUCUGGUCUACAGUCACGCUCUGCUUCUCCAUCACGUGGAAACUUACCUUUCAGACGCAGCGAGUCGACCACUUCACUCAACCGAUAUAACUUUGAUAGUGGAAGUAGGUCUCAAGGCAUAGAGUCAGGAACUCGGAGCUCCUCGCAAGGCACGUAUGCACGACGUGCUGAGUCAGGAACUCUGCCAAGAAACUUCAAAUCUUUUGCCAGUUCACUGAGAACUGAAGCCAGCACAGUUUCAGAUUUUAGGAGUGCCUUACGAAAAGCAGACGGAAAUGGGUCUUUAAAUGGACGGGUGCAACCCAGCAGAAGCUCAUCUCCUUCAAGAAGGGACUACAACACUCCAGGCCAAACGUUUCCACGCAAAUCUGAGGUCACCAGCAGUUCAUCUCAUGGACGUGGCUACAAUAGUCGUACUUCUUCACCAUCUAGAAGAACUUCUGACACAGUGGGUGACAGUCACAGAUCCUCACCGCCAAGAAGAAAUUACAAUAUGUCAAGCCAACCCAUCCUUCGUAAAUCUGAAUCUGUUAUGUCUCUAAAUGGACGUGGUCACCAUGGACGCGCUGGCUCCCCCAUACGAGAAGGCUAUGAUAUUGAAAGCCAAGCUCUCCUGCGAAAUCAAAUGAAUAGAAAUGGGAUAAAUGAUGAAGAGGAUGAGAGCCCCACCAUGUCUCCAUCCAGACAAGAUUAUGACAUGCCAAGUAAAUCAGCACUGCGUAAGACUGACGCAAUUACUGUUAAUCAUAGUCGAAAUCGUGAUAGUCGUUCUUCCUCCCCUGGGAGGAGAGGCCAUGAAACACCAACUCAGUAUCAGCUCAGAAAAACAGACACUAGCAGUUCAUUACGUGGCUGUAGUUAUGAAAGUCGUAACUCCUCUCCUGUGAGGAGAAGCAAUGAAGCUCCUUCUCAGUCUCUGCUGCGUAAGUCUGAAGGUAACAGUUCAAUAAGAAACCGUGACAGCCGCAGUUCAUCACCUUCAAGAAGAAGUUAUAAUGCUCCCGGCCAAUACUCACUGAGGAAAGCUGAAAGUAACAGUUCCCUUAUCAGCAAGAAUAACAACAGCCGCAACCUCUCUCCACCCAGAAGAGGCAACAAUGACCCACCAGGUUAUUCAGUCCUCAGAAAUGCAACAAAUGGAGAAGCCAGUCGUUCCUUUCAGAGAAAAAACACUUACAGUGACUCAAAAUCAGACACCAAUCACUUAUCGCGUUCCUGGCGGGAAUCAACUCAUUCUAACCGCAGCUCUUCUUUAUCUCGAGCUGCUUCACCCUCUAGACCAGCUACAAAUGGCAGCAGAACAUCUUUUGUCACUUUGGAUACACCCAGAAGUACAGGUAGCAUCAGAUCUGGGGUCAGUAUACGGGGCACCGAGGAUCACUACUCUUCCACUAAUAAUAAAAGGCUCUCAAGCCAUGCACGGAGUCCUUCACCUUCACCUCACAUUGAAAUGCGGAGGCACACCUCAUCCCAGAGUUCGAUGGAGUCAUCAGAGUCUGGCCAGCUGUCGAUGGGGUCCACAGGCCGUAACAGAGAGGAGUAUGCCAUGAUGGCUGACCUGCCAAAGGCCAAAAUGAUCCACCAGAGAGAGGGACCUGCCCAAACUGGGCAGCAUCAAAAUAACAAGCCUGCUCGGAGACAGGAGCUCUUCAAACCAGCCAGCCACUCCUUGACCAAGCAUCCCUCUAGAGACUGGGACGACACAGGGGACACUGAGAAGGAAUACUCAGGAUGGCACUAUGGUGGCAGUGGAUAUCUGUCUCGAGCUCACUCCUCUACCUCAUUGCAGAGGUCUGGCAGUCCCACAGCAGAUGAGGGCAGUUGGAAAGGUAACCAUCACAGGUCAGAACAAAUGCAGACACUUCACCUACACCCUACAGGCAUUUCAUAA